GUAGCUUAGUUUAAUGUAACAUUUUUAUUCUAUAUACUUAUCUCAGAUGUUCUGAAGACUCAGCUCCUGGCGAGGGUUCCCAUCUGCGAGGUGCGCGUGUUUGCAGGCUGUAACGAGAGGCAUUAAAAAAGGCAUCACCGCUUAAACUUGUACCGAACACUUGCGUCACGGUGGCGUCAAGUGAAAGACUAGCUCGUUCCCUGUCAGCUGAGUAAGCCUACUUGUGUUUUUUGCAUACGCUCAUUUAUCCAGGAAAGCCUCUCAUAGCUUUACGAAAAUAAAAAGUAUACUGUGAGUCUCAAAACUCUUUUUCAGGAGGGACCUGGCAAGUUUUUUUUUUGUUUUGCAGUAGCUGAGAAAUGUUUCUGCUGUGUGUAAUCUCAAUUGAGUAAUUUGCAGGUGCAUUUUCAGCAUUGUGACCUUUGGUCAGUACCAGUUACAUUACAUAUAUACGUUUUAAUCGGUGGGAGGAAACCGGAGAAUCUGUAGCGGAGGGGAGAACAGACAGACUGCAUGCAUAAAUGGUGCCCUUUUCGGGAAUCGAACCCAGGUGCUAUUUGCCGCGGGGUAAGUGUUACGACCGCACUCCCAGCCCUGUCCGCCCACAACGUUUAAGCAGUUCCUCCUUGCAUAGCAAACUGACGAGAGACAGAGGCCACAACUUGCUGCCACAUUUCACCGAGAGAGGCACUUUCCGCGCAGUUGAGCGUUUCGGACACUGGCCCGUUCGAUCAUGCCAAGCAUGCCGCCCCCUUGACGGAGGACGUGCGAUGAGGGAUCUAUUUUGGGACGCGCGCAAUUGAGAACACGCGUGCAAGCAUGCAGGCAGGAGGCAGGCAGGCUGGCUGGCUGCCCACUCCAAUUGGCCGCACGGAGAGUGCGAUGCACCCGGUGCCGCCCGCUUGCCGAGUUGUCGGCAGAGCCUCAGCGGCACGGACGCUCCGUGCGGGCGCGUGUCAAGGCCUAACCACCCGCCCUCCUCUGGCCACGCCGGCACGGAGAAGUCCACCGUCUUUUUCAAACCUCGUGACGCCGAGCGAGCUGCACACUUCUCCUGAGCUGCUCCCGCCGCCGCACCCGCUGGUCCUGUGCAGCUGCACGAGCAGCUGAGAGUUUGCAGCGUUCCUCCUCCGCCGUGUGGCUCUGCCGGGCCGCUCGCAGGUGGCCAUGGAAGAAAAGGAAAAGGCGCUGGUGAAAAACUGGCUCUCUGAGUUCAAGGGGCUGCCGGAGGUGGCGGUGGCGGCGUAUGCCGAGAGGGUGCAGGAGAAGGCGAGCGUCGUGCCAGCGCUGUACAGCGCCAUGCGCGACAUGGGCACAGAGCUGCUGGAGCCCAUCUGCCACCAGCUCUUCGAGUUCGUCCGAAGCGGCGAGGCGGCCCUGCACAGGUUCGCAUUGCAGUUCGUGCCGGAGAUCAUCUGGCGCCACCUGUCGGCCGUGGCCCGGAGGGACAAGCCCAGCCAGGGGAGCGUGGAGGCCCUGCUCCUGGGCAUCUACAACCUGGAGACGGUGGAUGAGGAAGGAAAGCCGAAAGUUCUGUCAUUUACCGUGCCUUCUCUGUCCAAGUCGUCCAUUUACCACGAGCCAUGCAGCAUUGGCUCCCUGGCGCUGACGGAGGAAGGUCUGAGCCAGCGUGGCGCCGGCAGAGCCGUGUACGCUGACUCGUACCCACAGCGCGAGUCCAUCACGGCCCAGAACAGGUUUGAGGUGCUCACGUCCCUGCUCCUCUACUACAACUCCGCCAUCGUCUUCAUGCCCCUCUCAUCCUACCACUCGCUGUGCCAGCUGUGCACCAGGGCAUGCGUGAGUGGAUUCCCACGGCAGAGGAUGAAGCGGGACUGGAAGGAGCCGCACCCUCGUGUGCCUCUGCUCGCCGAGUUCCUCGUACAGCUGCUGGAGGGAGUCUACCACGCCAUUUACAAUGGUGCAUGGGACAUGGGUAAAAGGGCAGUGGAAGAUGCCCUUUACCGGUCUAAACUUGAGCUCUACCCUGAGCCAUUACUGCUGGCGCGCGCCAUCAAGAGCUCCCUGCUGCAGGACGCUCCGCACGCUGGCCGGGGCCGCUCCCGCUGCCUGCAGCUGGAGGUGACGCCCACCUCGUCGCGCAUCUCCCGCAGCGUGGUCACCAGCGCGUCCAUCCGCAGCCACCGCUGGAAGAAGGAAGGAGAAGGAAGCGAAUGGGACCAGCAGUUAGAUAGGGAGGAAGACAAUUCCCUUUUGGAAGGAAUGGGAGACGUUUUAAGCAACGGCAAUUCGAGCAAUUCUCCAAACUGGCGGGACUCGGAUGAGACCCUUGUAAGGCGAGAGCGUGGCGACAAGCAAGCGAUCGAGGUGGACUCCCUUCCGUUGGGCACUGCUCCCAGACCGACAAACGGCGGGAGUGAGUCCGCAGGCGACACCAGUCUACCGACAGUCAUCUUUGAGACCGAGUUUGGCGCGCACGACUAUUCUCCCGGCCUUGUUGUGCCCGGUGAAAGCAGGGCCCACUUGGGGGCAACGCCAGGCAGUCCGUCCCACAGCCGCUCGUGCGAAGUCGUGUACCGCUCUGGCGGCAGAAACGCCCGCCAGGACUCUGCAAUCGACCGGCACUCCACUCUGAGCCUCCAGGAUGAUGCACGGAGAGGCGCCGAAGGGAAAACGGGCAGACUUCUACCAGAAGAUGCCCUGAAAAGGCUCCAGCGAACACCGAGUUUUAAAGUCCAGCUAAUUUCAGCACUGUAACCUUUCUGCUGUGUUUUGAUAAUCACACAUGUUCGGAUGUCGCGGGUGAUCCUGAUGGAUUUGCUUUUAUCAAAAUGGUGAGCGCUCCACAAUGUGCAGUACUUACCGCUGAUUGACUUUAUGCCAAAUGUUUUGUGUUUUUAAUUCGUGCCAACACUACUUUUUUAAAGAUGCAUAAGAACACAAUCGUUUUAUACCGUCAGUAAAUUGUAACCUCAUGGCAGAAUAAUUUUGAAACCUUGAGUCGCAUUUUUAUCGUUGCACGGGUAGCCAUUUAGCUCGUGAAUUUCUUAAAAAAACUUUUUUUCUAUUAAGUGACAAGAGCACACAAAUAAGAAUACGUGUCCUUGGGAGCUCCACGGUUAAAUCCACGCCCACGUAGCCGCUGAGAUAGUGACUAAACAAGUGACGAUGACGUAUAUGCAGUUGCCCCCAAUUGUGCUUUAACGAGUUGAGAGCGUAUUGAGGUUAAUUAUUAGUUAUAUGGACAUGUUCAUUAUUUUCCAAACUUAAUUGAAGUUCCUUUUUAAAUCUAAUAUAUGUGAGCUGACACUGGCACAUACUGAUCUCUUAUUGUGACUAUUUUGCGGGGUGUUAAAUGUACAUUUUGUGAUUUCACCAACCGCAUGGUGUUUUUUUGUUGCAGAAAAGAGGGGAGAUGUUUCACAGUGUGAGGGGGGAGGGUCAGAUUACUGAGCCAGUAAGGAGUGCCGAUGUCAUUCGCCAGGGUACCAGAACCAAACAGUCCUGAAUUAAUAACCACGGCCGAGGCUGUGGUGAUUAGCAGCCGGAGCGGUAAUUAAACCGUUGAUGCGAUGCAAGUCAGGGGAAGUUGUGAGCAUGCUGACCACUACAUUUAGAAAUAUCAGUAGAUGGGGGGUUACUUAUAUAUGGGCAAAAUACAUUUUCAUUGCAAUGUAAAUUAUAUCUAUUGAACGAAAAUCAACCUUUCACGUGUCUGCUCAAGUGGCAGUCGCACAUAGAGGGCUUUGUCGAAUGUGCACCCCAUGCUAAUGUGCAAUUACCCAAUUGACCAGAUGGGAUUUAUAUUUUAAGGAUAUUAUUCAGACUUCUAAUCUUGGAAUUAGCUGUCCUUAGAGGUCAGGAUCUCGCAGUUGUUGGAGACUUGUACACCUCACCUGAAAGCCCCCUCCAACUCUUUAACACAGCCUUUCUCAAGUUCUCUAACUUGUCCGUUGAGUUGUUGUCUUUUAUAUGCAUGGCACUUUGAGAUCCAUUGUUUAAGGGCGCUUAUACACCUACAUUAUCGUUUAAUAUGAAGAUCUUUCAACCACCGUAACCGGGGCACACGUCUUUGCCCUGAAAAUGAGCGCUCACGGAGUGUUUGGGUUGGCCAGCAGAGUCCAUUGAGCAGCAGCCAAGCAAAUGGCACGGGGGGGGGGGGACAUGGGGCGAAUGUUGGCCCCAGAGCUCAAUGGAGCAAUGACCGCUGACCAAUGAAUUGUACGAGUGUCACAUAAUACCCACGAAAAAUCAAUGCCGAUUUGUUUGCAACUUGUUCGUUUUUGUUUACCGAGACACUUUUAUUGAAUCUCACCAGAAAUAUAAUGACGAGUAAAAUCAAAUCUCACAUUGUCACGGUGGCAUGUGUGCAUGCCAAUGAGUUUACAAUUACAGUGUCAGUGUUUUAUAGAUUACUGAUAACUUUAUUAAAUCUGCAAUUGUUUAAUAGCCGAGACUCAAUGUAGACUUUGCUUUAAACUUUUUCCUAUUUUAUCCAUGUAUUUAUUUUAAAAACGUGAUUUUCAAAUGUACCUUUUUAUCCUCAUGGAAUUCUACAAAAUGCUCUACUCUGUACAUACUUCCAGGGCACACACAUAAACCGGGUUUGGUUUUUAUUUA